AUGGGUCUGUUAGACAAGUUGUCGUCGUGGAUGGGAGGCGGUGGGAAGGUGGUGACGGUACUAGUGUUAGGACUCGACAACAGUGGCAAGACUACCAUGUUGAGGACGUUAACAACAACGGAACAAGAGGGACAGAGACAGGGGCCGGGAGCGAGCAGCGUACCUACUGUAGGACAACGACAGGAGAACUUCCAGAGUGGAGGUGUAUCUUUCCGUGCGUGGGACGUGUCGGGCGCGGCUCGUCUCCGUUCUCUCUGGGAGCGUCACUACCGACACUGUGACGCGGUCAUCUUCGUGGUGGACUCUGCGGAUCAUCUGCGACUCGUGGUGGCGCGGUCAGAGCUGGAGCUCAUGCUGUCUCACCCGGACAUGUCUGGUCGUCGUCUGCCGCUGCUCGUGCUCGCCAACAAGAGUGACGCUCCUCACGCGCUCUCCGCACCACACGUCGCCUCAGCGUUGGGUCUUGAGCGUAUAACUGACAAGCCGUGGCACGUGUGUGCGAGCAGCGCUCUCAGCGGGGAGGGUCUGGGUGACGGAGUGAGUUGGCUGGCGAGACAACUCAGAGAGAAACACUGA